AUGAAUGGAAUCCUUCAACCUCAACUCGAUGGCACCGAUUUACACAACAUAUUUUCCACCCAGGAUGUGGAAUAUCAUAGUAUAUACAAGCGAGCUAUCGGCGGUUCAUACACAACAACUGCCCUAAAGGAUGUUCAGACCAACAUCGAUCGAUGUACAACACUAUUCUUGUCCCAACUCGAUGGUUUCCCCACUCAGUUUCAGCCAUCCAUUGUCGAUAUGAGUGCAUGGUUACAGUAUUACGCAUUUGUCAGUGACUCUCUAGUAGAGGCCAUUUUCUCCAAGCAAAUUGAUUUCCUCGCGACCGGUUCAGAUGUAGAUGGCAUAUAUGAACUAGAUCAUCAAGCGAUGGAAUAUUUCUCUGUGUGGUCACAGGUUCCCGAGAUUGAAGCGAUGAUUGCAAAAUGGAAAUCGCUAACAGGGUCCUUGAAACCAAACCCAUUGUAUAAUUUCGUCCUGAAUCUUGUCAAUACGCGAGUGAAGUAUCCGAAUGAGUUGAACGACAUGCUGAAUUCAUUACUUCGUCUUCAUCAGAGUUCACCUGAUAAACUCAAUCUGAGGGAAGUAAUCGGAGCAGUAUAUAUUAACAUUGUAGCCGCCCACGAUGACACUGCCAUAAUUUUACGAACAGCAUUUUAUCAUCUUUCAAAGUCUCUUACCCUACCGUGCACAAAAGACUAUGCAACGAGAUCGCUAUAA